AUGAUUAAAACUGAAAAAAUUCUGCAUUUGAAGAGCAGCCGCGGCCGAAAGGUCCGUGUUGUCCGCGAACAUUACGUGAGGGAGCGAGUUCCAUGCUACAGUUCUCUGUGUCAAGCCGGUUGUGACAACAAUGGCAAGGUGUUGCCUGGAGAUUUAACCCACUAUGUGGUGCCUGAUGUCGGAGUGGUGGUUGACUACCAGGAAAUCUUGGAGUUCAGAGAGCUGCAGGGUAUCGUCUUCACUCAGACAGCCUGCCAAGCUGUCCAUCACUGCAAAGGACGCAGACAAUAUAACCGCCUGCGAAAUCUGCUUAAGGAUCCCCGACAUGACAGUGUUCUGUUUGCCAAUGAAUUUCAAGAAUAUUCCUUCUGCCUGCGGGAGAUUGGGGAAAGUCAAGAGCAGUGGCAGACCAGGUGUGUGUACUCUGCAGCAGUGUGGUACUACAACCACCUAGCUGGUCUAAUGGAUGUAGUGAUGAUCACAGAGGACCGAGACGUCAUUGCUCAGUACAGCAACCUCCACUCUGGAGUAUACGUCAUUUCUGUGCAGGAAUAUUUACAAAACUUCUGGUCAGCGCUACGGGCAGCUCAUGAAUUGUACAGCUCCAUUUGCCAGGCUCUGCAGGAGAAAGAGAGUGAGUGCACGGAAAAAGAGUUUACUGACCACCUGCCGGCUGAAGUCCUUGAGGCUGGCAUCAAGUCUGGACGCUACAUUCAGGGAACACUGAAUGUCAACAAACACAGAGCACUGACUGAAGCCUCUGUUAGAGCAGAGGGUCUCUCGGAUAAAAAUGCAGAGCUGAGCAGCGAGGUGUUAGUGUAUGGAAAAAAAAAUCGUAACAGAGCUGUUCAUGGGGACAUAGUUGUGGUGGAGUUAUUACCCAAAAGCGAAUGGAGAGGGAAGGUCAGUGCCUUGACUGAAGGACAAUUGGACGAGAAGAAUGGAGAGGACCUUCAAAGUAAACCUAUGCCUACAGGAAGAAUUGUAGGGAUCCUGCAGAGAAAUUGGAGGGACUAUGUGGUGACAUUCCCCCCAAGAGAGAGCACACAGUCACAAAGCAGGAAUUCUCAGCGCAUCCUGACUGUGCCUUGGGACUACCGCAUCCCGAAGAUCCAUGUCAGCACUCAGCAGGCCGACGCAUUGCAGGACCACAGAGUGGUAGUACGCAUCGACUCAUGGGAAAGCACAUCACUGUAUCCCAGUGGGCACACUGUGAAAGUUCUGGGUCGGGUCGGUGAGCUUGAGACUGAAGUGCAGACCAUCCUGAUUGAGAAUAGUAUCCGUGUUCCGCCAUUCUCUGAUGCACAGCUGAGAGAGAUGCCUGUGAAUUCUCCCGAGAAGCCCUGGAAGGUGGAUCCUGCUCAGGUGGCUGAGCGACGGGAUCUGCGAGAUAGUCACCUUGUGUUCAGCAUUGACCCCGCGGGCUGUGAGGAUGUCGAUGACACGCUGUCUGUGCGCAGCCUUGCAGGAGGGAAGCUACUGGAGCUAGGGGUUCACAUUGCUGAUGUUACUCACUUUGUUCCUGAAGGCUCCCUCACUGACUUAGAGGCACAUGCAAGGGCGACAACUUACUACCUCGCAGACCGUAGGUAUGACAUGUUGCCAGCAGUCCUCAGUGCAGAUCUCUGCUCUCUGUUGGGGGGAGUUGACAGGUAUGCGAUGAGCGUUGUGUGGCAGCUGGACGCACGCACCCUUGCUGUCGACAAGGUGUGGUAUGGUCGCACCAUCAUCCGUUCCUCCUACCAGCUCCACUACGAGUUGGCUCAGGCCCUCCUCAAUGGCGAGCAGGCCGAAGUACCUGAACUGAGCCUGCUGAGCCCCUAUGAGAAAGAUGCCAAGUUGGCUGAGCUCACCCAGGCUCUGGAGAUGCUGACUCACGUGGCACGACACUUACGGGCCCAGCGAGAUCAAGGCGGUGCAUUGGAACUGGAAGGGGUAGAGGUGCGUGCACAGCUAGAUAAUGAAAAGAACAUCACUGCUCUGGUCCCACGCCAGCCCCUCGAGAUCCACGAGACAGUGGCUGAGUGCAUGAUCUACGCCAACCACUGGGUGGCACUCAAAAUCCACGAGAGCUUUCCUCAUCAGGCUCUGCUUCGACAUCACCCACCGCCGCGACAGGAGUUUUUCAACCAGUUGGUGGAAAGUGCCAUGUCCAGGGGCUUUGCCAUCGAUACCAGGUCAAAUAAGGCUUUAGCUGACUCUCUGGACAAGGCUGUGGACCUACAAGACCCACUUCUCAACAGGCUGCUGAGAAUGAUGGCCACUCAAGCCAUGUCCCAAGCACAUUAUUUCUCGACUGGUGCAAUUUCCGAAGAUCAAUACUACCACUAUGGGUUGGCUCUGGACCGCUACACACAUUUCACUUCACCGAUUCGUCGCUAUGCCGACAUGGUGGUUCACCGCCUUCUGACAGCGGCCAUCGAUGUUGACAAGGGACGGAGCCCCAAUAAAGCACUAGCCACUAACAAGGAACUAGACGAGUUGGCUCAUCAUAUCAACAAGAAGAACAGGGCAGCCCAGCAGGCCCAGAAGCUGUCCACAGAGUUGUUUCAGUGUCUGUAUUUUAAAGAUCGAGACCCUGGCACCGACCCAUGCUGUGUGACUGAUGCUGUCAUUUACGCCAUCCGGGACAAUGGGGUUUUGGCUUUUGUUCCGCUGUACGGCAUCAAGGGGCCUGUGUACUUGAAGAACCGAGAGGGUCUGGUGCUCUCUGCGGAGCAGGAUCGGCGCUGCGAGUGGCAGAGCGGCUCUGUGCGCCGCUAUUCAGACCACAUCAUGACCACGUCCACCAUUGGAACCACCACCUUUAAGCUGUUCAACCACAUUACUGUUCGUAUUUCCGUGCAGUCGUCACGUUGCCACGCGGACAGUGUGUCUCUCGAGCUCGUUUAUAACCGGCCGCACCAGAUUGGAGCGCUCCACCAGACUCAGUCUCACGGCCGUAACCAACUGGUUCAGGAAGUGGUCCGUUUAGCCCAAGAGGCCUCCCAGCAAGUUCAAGAGAAGGCGACCUGGCGUCCCAAACUUUCCAAAGAGGAGCAUGAGUUCUGCCAAAGCAAAAGUCCAAACUUGUACUUACUCCUGGAGGAGAUUCGUGAGCUUUCACUCAUGGAGAUAGAAUACUAA